CGAGGAAAUCUAUGCGCUUCGGUCUCUUCGAGAACCGAGUAUUUCUAGCUCAAUUAAUCGCUAGGAUCGUCUGCGCUUGGGCCGCUCUUCCAAUCCAAAAGCUUCUGCUCAGGCGCCACGAGCCAAUCCACCGUCAAGAGGUGGGCGGAGGCGGUAGAGCAAAUGCCCAGGGUGGGUCGAGUGCACGGCCAGAGCGCUGGUCUGGUGCCGCCGCCUCUGUCUCUCUAGUUGCCUCAGACCUCAAACUUCAAACGUGGACCGAGCCUGUGCAAAGGAACAUGUAUGGCGGCUGGGAAAAGCGAGCGACGUGGUAAAGUCCAAGGCUCAAUCCAGAUUCGGAUCUUUUCUUGGACUUGCCAUGAAUCAUUGGUUCCUGCACCAUCGUAAACCGAGUGAUUGGUACAAAGUGACCUACAUGCCUAAAGGGUGGCAAGGAAAAUUGGAAGACGGCUAAAACACAGUCAUGUCUUCUGUUUGGCACACUAUUCUCUCUCUUCAUGGGAACUACAAGAGGUUGGGUUGCCUCUUAAUUUUCACUGUAAGUGUAUGUUGUAGUGCCUCUUUAAUGUGCCCCACCACUUGCAUUUGUGCCGGUGACAUUAUGAGCUGUACCAGCAGAAACCUCUCAAGGGUGCCAUCAACUCUUUUCAAGCACAUAAAAAGACUGGAUAUGAGUCACAACAAAAUUGGGAUUUUGGAUCAAGACUGGAUACCCAUGCUGCUUGAGAAGUUGAACACCCUCAUCCUCAAUCAUAACAACAUUUUCAGUAUUUCUAUUGGAAGUUUCUCAGUUGUUCCAAAUGUCAAGUACCUAGACCUGUCAUCCAACAAUUUGAAGUCAUUGGGCAGUCCUAUAUUUCAGGAACUGAGAAUGCUGGAGGUUCUGUUGCUUUAUAACAACCAUAUUGCACAGGUUGAUUCUGCUGCUUUUGGAGGAAUUCCUACGCUGCAAAAGCUGUAUUUAAGUUACAACUCUCUCACACACUUCCCAAUUGAACUCUAUACUGGGAAAUACAAGCUCUCUGAACUUGUAUUCUUAGAUCUUUCUUAUAAUCGGAUCCAGUCAAUACCAGUUAAUGGCAUGAGAUUAGUACCAGCCCGACACUUAAGUGGAAUUUAUCUUCACGGAAACCCAUUUCAUUGUAACUGCAUACUUUAUUCUAUGCUGAACUUGUGGUACCUUCGACAUUUUACUUCAGUGGAAAACUUCAAGACUGAAUACACAUGUAAUAAAGACUCCCAAAAACUGCCUUUAUUGCAGAAUAAUUAUUUAAAUUGUUCAGAAAGCACCAUUAAUGGUUCUUUCCAUGCCUUUGGUUUUAUUCACGAAGCACAAAUUGGUGAGCGAAUUAUAGUACCCUGUGAUACCAAAAUCAGUGAUGCUGGGACUAGUUUUAUUUGGAUCAGCCCAGAUAAUCAAGUUUUAGAGCCAGGAAAGACAACUGAACAGUUCAAAGUAUUUCAUAAUGGGAGCCUGGAAAUAGAUGAUGCUCAGUAUGAAGACGCUGGACUUUAUUCCUGCAUUGCAAUAAAUAAGAAAAGAUUACUGAAUGAAACAAUUGAAGUAAGAAUAAAUGUCAGCAAUUUCACAGUGGACAAAUCUUACUCACAUGAAACAUUUAACACUGCUUUUACAACUCUUGCAGCUUGUGUAGCCAGUAUUAUUUUGGUACUUCUUUACCUCUACUUGACGCCCUGUCCUUGUAAGUGCAAGUCAAAGAAAAGGAAAAGGCAAUUAAACCAAAAUAGCACAUCUCAUGCAUCCAUGCUAACCUCCAACACACCCCUCAAUCUUCCAUUAGAUGAGAAGAAAGCUAGCAGUGGCAAAAGGGUGGUGUUUCUUGAACCUGUGAAGGAACCUAAACCAGGUCAAAAUGGCAAAAUCAGAAUAUUUCCCAAUGAGACUUUAAUUGCUGAAAGCAUUCUAAAAACACCCCAAACAAAAUCAGACUCUGUUUCCACAAACUCACCAUUCUCAGACAUGCCUUUCAUGCCAUCAUCUUAAGCGUUCCUCCUGCACAGAUGUCAUAAUCCUUUCAGCACCGGCCACGGCUUUAUCCAAUAUUAAAAGAAAAGUCAUGGAAAACUUCUGAUUUUUUAAGAAAAUGGAAAUCUUGAAGGUUGAAAUUAAUUGCUGUUAUCUUCUUGUUCCUUCUCAGUGGGAAGAACAUGCAUUAAUCUUGCAACAUUCAGGAGGAGCUCGUUGUUAUACGAGUGGAGUAUAACACUCCACUAAACAUAACACACUUGUAUUCUUCCUCUGAAAUGAAUUAGGUAGCCUUAUGGAGGAACAUGUUUGAUCAUUGUUCUCAUUCAGUGGAAGAAAGCUUACACAGUAGAAGUCCUAUCGGCUUAGGCCCCUAGCUAUUUCACUGUAUAAAAUCAGUGGGAUUUUAUUAUCAGGGAUGAGACUUUUAAUCAAGUAUGUCUUAUAGUGUUUAUAGAAGAACAAAAUAGCCAUUUAUUCAAUUUCUGUUCAUUGCCUUGAGAAACAGGGUACAUAAAGAAGCAAAUAAAUUUAUAUAAUCCAGAAUAUUCCCAAAUAAUGUUUAAUGUGUAGAUAAAUUUCAAAACUGGACAGGGAUUUAGGUUUUCUUUUUCUGUAAAGAAUUUUAAAAUCUAGGAAUGGAAUGUAUAGUAAAUCUAGUAAGAGAUAACCUUCAAAAAUGAUAACUUUUACGGAACUCAUACCGUCCAGAGAUACGAUUAUUAAACCAAUUAAUCCUUGAAGUUCUGUAUUUCAGAAGGAUAUCACUUUAGUCUUGUUAAAAAAUCCAUAGUCCAAAAGUAUUUAAGAAGUACUAUUUUUCCAUCUACUGUAUGGUGAGGGGAGAGGUGCACUAUUGGAAUGUUUGUCUUUACAGGUCUUAAAGGGAUAAGAGCCAUGAUACUGUAGAAGUAUAUCCAGCCUAUUUGUUUGGAUUAAAAUUUAUAUAUGUGUGCUGUGUGGACUGAGCAGAAAAUGUCUACAAAAAAGAAUGCAUAUAAUUAGUUUUAUAAAAUUUAGUUUUGUGCAAUUAGAUAUUUUAUAUAAAUUCCACUGCACUUUGACUAUUUUUGAUGACCUAUUUAGAGCCAUAAUCCAAAUUGUUGAUCCCAAGAUAAACAUUGCUUUCACAUCAAUGGCAUGAAUAUCUAGACUUUACCUUCUGUAGAACCUAGAACUUCAGUUCAUUGAAUUUGAUUGUUUAGAGCUUUAUUAGAAAAAUUCAAACUAGUUAAGCUAAUUCUGUUAGUCAUUGUUUAAUAUGCAAGUAUCAAAGCAACAAUUCAUGAAGCUUCCACCUUGUGAGGUUUUUGAUAUAAAAUUGACAAGUCAUACUUUCAGGAUGAUCCAUUCCAUUAGAAAGCUGGAGCUAUGUACAAAUCAAAUAUAUUUUAGCAUAGCUUUGUGUUAGUAAAUGAAAUACGUAAAACAAUAAGUUACUUGUAAGUUGCUUAUUUUGCAUAGCAUUAUUUGUCCCAUUUGGGUUCAGGUCAAAUUGGUAGACAGUUCUGCAGUGACAUGCGGCAUAGAUUACAAUUUAUUGGUUUCGUGUAUAACUUGCAGAUUUAUUUUUAUUUAUUUUAUUUUAUUAAAUUUCUAUACCGCCCUACUCCCGAAGGACUCAGGGCGGUGAACAGCCACAGGAUAAAACACAUAAAUACAAAAAUUUAAAAUAGAAUAAAAACGAAUUAAAUAAUUUGGCUGAACAAAUUUAAAAUACCCCAUAAUUUAAAAACAAAUUAAAAUUUACAUUUAAAAAGGGGAGAAGAUUUAGGCCAGGCCAGCUUGAUGAAAUAAAGAAGUCUUAAGCGCACGACGGAAGGUGCGCAGAUCCGGGAUCCUCCCUAUCUCUGGGGGGAGCUCUUUCCAGAUCGUAGGUCCCCCACAGAGAAAGCUCUCCCCCUAGGGGCCGCCAGUCGACAUUGUUUGGCCGACGGCACCCGGAGGAGCCCCUCUCUAUGGGAGCGUACUGGCUGGUGGGAGGCUAUUGAGAAUCUUCCUUCUCUGCUGGCUGUCAACUGCAACCAUCAAUCAGAAUAGAGCUGAAAGGUCUUCUAAUCCAGCCCCCUAAUCAAACAGAAGACCCUAUACAAUUUCAGAUACGUGGCUGUCUACUCUUUUCUUAAAAAUCUCCAGUGAUGAAGCACCUACAAUUUCUGAAGGCAAGCUGUUCCACUGGUUAAUUGUCCUUACCAUUAGGAAGUUUCUCCUUAACUCCAGGUUGCUUUUCUCCUUGAUUUGUUUCCAUCCAUUGUUUCUGGUCUUGCCUUCUGGUGCUUUGGAAAAUACAUUGACCCUGUUAGGUUCAGCUUGUAGCUUACUCCUAACCUGUUGGUCAGGCAAUAUAUCUGUUUCUUUAAGAAACAACUGAGCCACGUAAUCAGGGUUUGCUGAACCCUGUAAUUAGGCUACAGUGCAUAAACAAGCAGUGCAGAGAAGCGUUCUUUGUUCCUGAGUGUUCCUGAUUGUUCCUGUUGCUUCCUGCGUCUUUCUGCUGAUUGGUGUUAGACUGGAUUGUUAUAUGGUACUGUAUACCAAGAGUUACUAAAGUCUGUUUGCUUUGGUAAGGGAAGAUAAUUACUGGACUGAUAUUACUGUUUAUGACCUUGGACUGUUUUACCUACACUGAGACUGCUUAUUAUCUUGUAUAUAAAGUAUUUUUCUCACACGAGCUGCACCUUUAUCUCCUUCCCUGUGUGUUUCUGCUCUGCUCGUUGCACAAGCAACAAAUACUUUUUACACACACCCUAACAGACCCUCCUCUUCUUUGUGGCAGCCCCUCAAAUACUGGAAUACUGCUAUCAUGUCACCCCCAGUCCUUCUUUUCUCUAGACUGUAUUGGCCAUACCCAAUUCCUGCAUCCGUUCUUAUAUAUUUUUAUCUUCAGGCUCUUAUUCAUCUUAGUUGCUUUCUUGCACUUUUUCCAAAGUCUCAACAUCUUUUUGAAAUGUGGUGAACAAAACUGGGAGGUGUGGUCUUACUAAGGGUUUAUAAAGUGGUACUAAUACUUCACGUGAUUUUGAUUCUAUGCCUUUGUUUAUACAACCAAGCAUUAUAUUAGCUUUUUUGGCUGUGCUGCACCCUGCUGGCUCAUGUUUAAGUGAUUGUCCACUAGGAUUCCAAGAACUGUAGUGGCACAAUGUUUAGAAUGCAGUACUGCAGGCUAUUUUUCCUGAUCACCGGCUGCCAGCAGUUUGGCAGUUCAGGUCUCACUGGCUCAAGGUUGACUCAGCCUUCCAUCCGUCUGAGGUCGAUAAAAUGAGGACCCAGAUUGUUGGGGGCAAUAUGCUAACUCUCUAAACUGCUUAGAGAGGACUGUAAAGCACUGUGAAGCAGUAUAUAAGUCUAAGCGCUAUUGCUAGUGCUAUCCCUCUCACAGUUACUGUUUUUGAGCCAGGUUACGCCUCUGGUUUGGUUUUUCCUGCCUAGGUAUAAAAACUUGCUUUUCUCCACAUUAAAUUUCAUGUUGGAUAGGGCCCAUUGUUCAAGCCUUUGUUCAUUUUCUGACUUCAUCUUUGCAGAUUCGGGCUAUUUGCUGAUAUUCUGCCUUAGUUAUGUGUCCAUUUUCCCACUUUUUGUACUUACCCUUUUUGUCUUUCAGUUUAUCAGAGAGAUCUUUGUGCAACCAUGCUGGUUUCUUUUUGGAUUUCUUGUUUUUCUUUUUUAGUGGUAUUGUGUUGGACUGGGAUUUUAUGAUAUUUUUCAAAGCUUCCCACGCUUCUUGAGUUAUUUUCUCCUUUAGGAUUUUUAUCCAUGGAUUUUUUUCCUUAGUCUCCUUCUGAAUUUGUUAAAAUCAGCUGUUUUAAAGUAUAAGACACUAAUUGGGUUAUAUUCUAUUGCUUGUGUUUGCAUUAUAUUGAAUUCCAAAAUGACGUCGUCACUUUCACCCAAUUUCAACUCCCUCUAUCACUUCUUCUCUAUUAGUAAGAAUUAAGUCUAAUACAGCUUUUCUUACAGUUCUCUCCUCUACCUUUUGGAUGACAAAGUUGUCAGCUAAGUUGGUUAGGGAUCUGUUUGAUCUCCCACUUUGUGCAGAGUUUGUGUCCCAGUUGAUAUCAAGGUAGUUAAAGCCUCUCAUUACUACUAUGGUAUGUUUCCUACAUACAUUUUUAAUUGAUUAGCAAAAAGUUCAUCUAUUUCUUCUGCUUGGUUGGGUGGCCUGUAGUAUACACCUAUAGCAAUGUCAUUUUUUCCCUUUUAUAUUGACCCAUAUGGAUUCUAGGAGGUUUUCAUCCUUAGUUUUGUGUAGAGAUAUAGUGAUCUUUUAUAUAUAAUGCAGCUCCACCUCCUCUUUUGUUAGGUCUGUUUCUUUUGAAUAGUUUGUAUUCUUCCAUCAGUGCGUUCCACUCAUAAGUUUCUUCCCACCAAAUUUCAGUAAUGGCAACUAUAUCAUAUCUGCCUUCGUGUACUAAUACUUUAAAGUUCACCCUGUUUGUUUCCUAAACUUUAAGCAUUAGUGUAUAUGCAUUUGAGUCCUUCAUGGGUCUUGAGUAUGUUUUUUAUAUUUCCUACAUUAUAACUGGGAUUUCCAUCCUUUCAUCAUUGGAAAUAGGUUCUAAAGGUCAUGAAGAUUGCCCCCCACAUCUUAGUUUAAAGCCCUUUUGAUAAGAUGAACCAAUUGUUUUCUGAAUAUAUUCUUUCCAGUUCUUGUGAGGUGCAGUCCAUCCCUUUCCAGUAGUCCUUCUUGUAGUUAAUACAAACAUGGUCUAGGAAGCCGGAGUUCUGUUGACACACCAGUUUUUAAGUCAGUGGUUUGUUUCUAAAAUCCUUUGCUCCCUCAUUGGAUGUUGGCCUUUUGUUAGAAGUAUAUUCCUUUGUGUAGAUCGGGGUGUCAAACUCAAUUUCAUUGAGGGCCACAUCAGGGUUGUGUUUGACCUCGUGGGCCGGGGUGAGGGUAGCCAGCUUUAUGUCACUCAUGUUAGCAUUUGUAGUGGCCCGAGCGCUCUGGCAGCGAAAAUGGGCUUCCAAGCUCCAUUUACAGCCGCGAUGGCCUCCUGUUGCCCUCUGCCAGUGAAAAUGUAGCUUGGUGGGAGCUGCACGUGGAGGGCAACAGGAGGCCGUUGCAGCCAAAAACGGAGCCUGGGAGGGCCAUGCCUGGCCCUCCCAAGCUCCUUUUUUGUUGGUAGAGGCACUGCGGGCCAGUCCUUUGCUGUUUCUAGGGCAGCCCUGUGGGCUAGAUCUAAGCACACCGCAGGCUGGAGUUUGACACCCCUGGUAUAGAUGUAUAGAUGAAAAAAACCUUGUUUUAAUCUAUACUACAUAGAAGUAUAGAUGAAAACAACCUUUAAGAAGGUUUCAUAGGUCUAUUCUCCUUAGUCCCACAUCCCCAGAAUGAGUUGAAAACCACUAUGAUGAUGAUGAUCACAACAGCACAAUAAAAACCCCAUCGCUUUCUCCAUGUGUGAAUGUUGACACAUGUACAGAUGUGUUGUAUAGGGGCUUCAGUAACACUGUCACAACCAUCAGCUUGUCUUUUAUUUUUUUAGUUAUUCUUGCAAAUACUGCUGUCUACUAUAUUCAUUUUCUAUCUGUUCUGAAACAUGAAAGAAUGUUAAAUGGUCUCCCUUGGUCUACACUUGAUAAAGUUGUGGCUAUCUUAGUUUUACUAUUCAAUGAUGUUGAUAUCCUAGGUCAGCUGUAUUUCCUUUUGUACAAAGCCUUGAAGCCCUUACUUGCUACAUAAUAUCACUUGCUACUUGCUAUAUAAGUUCAGGGACAUUCAGUCCUUAUAGAAAUGGCUUAGAAUGACCAAAUCUAAAAUGCUAUUUCUCUGUAGUUAGUGUAAAUUAAAUUAUUUUCUUUGCUUGAGUUCUUCCUCUUAAGCAAAGGAGAAGCAGAGAAGUUUACCCUGCCAAGAACUUGCAUUUGUAAGAGUUUUAUGUGCAAUAGGCCAGUUUACAAAUCUAUAAUAAAUAUAAGUCUAAAGCUCUCUAUACCUUUACAUUCCAUGUGACUUUCAUGUUGUCUUGGUUCAACAAUAAAGUAUCUUGAAACAAA